CCGGGGGAGGGUUGCGGUCGGGUCUGGCGGCCGCCGCCGCCGCUGCCCGCCCUGCGCAGCGGGUUGGUGACGACUGGGUGGCGUUUCCUGAGGCCUCCCCCACACAGGGCUUCAGCCCCUUUGACAGGCGGAUGGGCUACCGCCGUUGGCUCCACCGGGAGCGGACAGGCCUACCUGGGAGCGGGCCGAGGAAGCGCUGCCGCCGGUAGCCCGGAUCGCCCGCGGGAAUCAGCGGGGCGCAGCCGUUUUGUUGUCUUGUUUAUAAAAUGGAAGACUUGCACAGAAGGAAGAUCCUGCAAUAACCACCAAAACCAAACAAAGCCCCCAACACCUUUAGGAAAUGGUACUACUGUUUCUGUGCAGCAGGAUGUUGCUGAAUAGUGUUUCUGUGAGCUUGCUGUUCAAUCUGUCUGUUGCUCAGAAUGGCGAAGAACCCUAAUUUUCAGAAAGCUCAUCACCUGCCUAUAGGCUACCUUCAGUGCAAAUCUUCAGACAGCUUUACUGGUAUGAUGGCCAGUCAUUGGAGCACAGAAAGUGAUUCUGAAAAUAUGGAUGGCUACCAAUAUCCCCAUUCCUCCAAGAUGAGUAAUAGCCAUCCGCUUCGCCCUUACACAGCUGUGGGUGAGAUUGACCAUGUUCACAUUCUGUCAGAGCAUAUUGGUGCUCUAAUGAAUGGGGAACAAUAUAGUGACGUUACCUUUAUUGUAGAAGAGAAACGUUUUCCGGCACACAGAGUGAUCCUGGCUGCUAAGUGCCAUUAUUUCAGAGCAUUAUUGUAUGGUGGAAUGAGAGAAUCUCAGCCUGAAGCAGAAAUUCCUCUUCAGGACACCACUGCAGAAGCAUUUACCAUGCUCUUGAAAUAUAUUUACACUGGUCGUGCUACCCUACGAGAUGAGAAAGAGGAGGUUCUCCUAGACUUCUUAAGCCUAGCGCAUAAAUACGGAUUUCCAGAACUGGAGGAUUCCACAUCUGAGUAUCUUUGCACAAUACUUAAUAUUCAGAAUGUCUGUAUGACAUUUGAUGUUGCCAGUCUCUAUUCUCUUCCCAAAUUAACUUGCAUGUGUUAUAUGUUCAUGGAUAGAAAUGCCCAAGAAGUGCUCUCCAGUGAAGGCUUCCUGUCGCUUUCUAAGACUGCCCUUCUUAGUAUUGUACUGAGGGACUCAUUUGCAGCUCCCGAGAAGGACAUUUUCCAAGCUUUGAUGAAUUGGUGUAAACAUAACCCAAAGGAAAACCAUGCUGAAAUUAUGCAAGCAGUACGUUUGCCACUAAUGAGUCUAACAGAGCUAUUAAAUGUUGUACGACCUUCUGGAUUGUUGUCACCUGAUGCCAUCCUAGAUGCCAUUAAGAUUCGUUCUGAGAGUCGGGACAUGGACCUCAACUACAGGGGCAUGUUAAUACCAGGAGAAAAUAUUGCAACAAUGAAAUAUGGAGCACAGGUUGUCAAAGGGGAGCUGAAGUCUGCUUUAUUGGAUGGAGAUACUCAGAACUAUGACUUGGAUCGUGGCUUCUCUCGACACCCGAUCGAUGAUGACUGCCGAUCUGGAAUUGAAGUGAAGCUAGGCCAGCCGUCGAUAAUCAACCACAUACGAAUCCUCUUGUGGGACAGAGAUAGUCGGUCUUAUUCAUACUACAUUGAGGUGUCCAUGGAUGAGUUAGACUGGAUUCGAGUUAUCGAUCAUUCUAAAUAUCUAUGUCGAUCCUGGCAGAACCUGUAUUUUCCUGCCCGUGUCUGCAGGUAUAUUCGAAUUGUUGGGACCCACAACACAGUGAACAAAGUUUUCCAUAUUGUUGCAUUUGAAUGCAUGUUCUCAAACAAAACCUUCACUCUUGAGAAAGGUCUGAUAGUUCCUACUGAAAAUGUUGCGACAAUUGCAGACUGUGCCAGUGUGAUUGAGGGCGUAAGUCGCAGUCGCAAUGCCUUAUUGAAUGGAGACACAAAAAACUAUGACUGGGAUUCAGGGUACACAUGCCAUCAGCUUGGGAGCGGAGCUAUUGUAGUGCAGCUAGCACAGCCCUACAUGAUCGGAUCAAUACGGUUGCUACUUUGGGACUGUGAUGAUCGGAGCUACAGCUACUACAUCGAGGUUUCAACGAACCAGCAGCAGUGGACUAUGGUGGCUGAUCGCACAAACAUUUCCUGCAAAUCCUGGCAAACAAUCACUUUUGAUAAACAGCCUGCAUCUUUUAUCAGAAUCGUUGGAACUCACAACACAGCUAAUGAGGUGUUUCACUGUGUGCAUUUUGAGUGCCCAGCACCAAACAUUACCCACAAGGAUGAGAGUAAUAAGGAUGUGGCAACAACAGAGGCGGGGACUGGUGAACAACAGCUUGUUUCUUGCCCUGUUCGAGCUGCAAGCGCUAGUUCCCUGCAUUCCUCUCCUGGAUCCACCUCAUAUUCACAUGUUCACCAACAAUAAAGGAGAUUGUAAGGGAGCUUUUUCAGCUCUGCUGAUGUUAUAUAGAAUUAUUCAGAACCUUCUUGUGCUGGCACCUUUUCUUUCCUUUUCUCUGUGAACAAAGGAGACCAUCUCUGAGAGAUGGAAAUGUUGAAAUGGAACAGGCUUUUCCCAAGGACGUGAAGAGACUACUUCACUUUUCUCCAUUUGUUCAAAUCAGGCUGGUCUCCAGAGAGGAAAAAAAUAGGUCUUCAGUCUUCAUCAAGUACCCCAUUAACACCUUACCUCUCUAAUCUAACCAAGGCAAGAAGAGCAGAAGGAAAUAAAAGACAGAGCUACAGUGGAAAUCUAAAAUGACUCAAGCAGAAUGGAAGGAAUGUGAAAUAAGUAUUUGUUCCCUGAAGGCUUCCAUUUGCAAAGAAAAUGUUUAUAUAACACAUCAGUGUAGAAUAUAUGUUAUUUUUAAAAGUUAUUCUUCAUUCAUGUUCCUUUGUAACUAGUAAUCUGUUUUCUAAAUUGUUUUGACUCUGUAUUCCACUUUUUCUCUUUAUUUUUGGCUGAAGCAAAUGCUGUGCAGUAGAUUAAGGAAGUAUCAAACGUGUUUACCUGCUGAGAUGCAAAUUCAUCAUUCAUCAGUAGGAUGACAAGAAAAGCCUUCAUGAUAUCAACAAACUAAUUAAUGGAUGGUAUAUUAAUCUUGACCUUAUUUGACUUGUCAAUAUACAAAGUUAUCAUUUCCUUCUCUCAAAAACAAAAUUACAAAGUUAAGUGUCUAUCUUGAUGAAAUAUGUGUUUUUCACUCCUGAAGAUGAUUACUUAAAUUUUACUUGUAUUUCUAAGAAAACUUGCAAAGGAUCAUAUAAAAUUAUUAAGUUUGGAGAAGUGGAACUGCAUCUGGUUGCUCACAAGCAGUUGUUUAGAAAACAGAAAGAAAAAUUUGCAGGUUUUUUUUUUUUCAAAGAAAAGAAUGUUUUACAGUCUGGAGCUCAGCUCUUCUCAUAAUCUUCAUAGAAUGUGAUGCUUUUGCACAAUAUUUGUAAAAGAUCUGGCUCUUACUUCACAACCAGAGAACUCAUUAUCCAUCUAUGUCUCUCUGAAUUACAUUGCCUGCUACUUUGCUGCUUCUGUUUCCAUACUGGUGAUGAUGCAGUCUCUCACCCUCCAGAGCUAUGAGACUUUUUAGGAAAAGCUCCUUGUUGGUCUUUCAGUAUGUGAUAAAGUGAUUUUGUGUUAAGACAAACACUGAUGUAGUUGGCAAAAUUGAUUAGGAGGUUUGUUACUCCUCACAAAGGCUAUUAUAUUGGAAAUGCAACUAUCUGGUUUUAUGAAGUUGGAAUUUCCUGUGGUGACAAAUAGCGUUGUCAGAAGAAAACCAAGCUAAUGUAAGAUAAAUACAGUUUUCUUUUGCAUAACCGUAGUGGUAAAUGAGUUAUAUCAACAUAGCAAAUAGCAUGUUAAUUUAUCACACCGCUGAAUUUGAAAGAACUUCCCUGUUGGGUACAGAUUGUGCUAAAACCAGGAAGAAAUAUAACAAGUAGUAGCAAUGAAUCAGUGGAAACUUCGAAGGAGAGAAGUUUCAAUUUUCUUGUUUAAAAUAAAAUUAAUUCAGCUUUAUCAAUAAUAUUAUAGUAUUUUUUAUUGCCAAAUUGUAGUUGGGUUUUGACAUUUGCACGCAGCCUUCUCCCCACUGCUGUCUUCUGUCUUGUGAAUGUCUGUCUGUGAGGAUGCAUGCCCAUUGUGUUAUUUAUAGCCUAUUAUAUGUGCCACAGCCAUCUCAGGCAAUCCAGAGUUCUGAGGCAGGAUACAGCUUAUGCCAGCCAGCACCUAGUCUGGGAUGCUGAUUGCCUUAUGGUUUAACAGUCUUUGGAGCAUGAAAGAAUUGAGACCAGCUACUGGGGACACAACCCUCAAACUGUUCAAGUGUAGGUCCAAAAGAGUUGGAUUUUCUUUCUUUUUUGCUUUGAAAAGGAAAACCAAAAAACUGUUCUGCUCUGCUUGAAAUCUGUGCUGGAACUACUGAGAUGCAUGCAGCAGGUCUUGUCUUUGGUACAUAAGUCCUUCUGUAACGAUGGUGAUACUUCUUUGCAGUUUGAUCAAACAAGUUUAUUUUUCUCAAGCUGUGGGUAAGCAAAGGCCAAAACUUCCUAGCUGUUAGUCCUUAAUAAUCACCAUUGUGGAGAAUGUUUUAAAAAACCUUUAGAAGUUUAUGCCAGCAGUUCUGAGACUUGACUCUCAGAGAAAGAACAGGAUUUUCAAUUUGUUAAUCUUUGAUGUGCACAAUUAAUUUUUAUGAUACAGGUAAGUCUUGCAGACUGUAACACACUGCACGUCUUUUUCAUCUUGUCCAAUGACUCACUAUUAAACAGAACUGUCUGUUUAUUUCCCAUGACACUCACUCUCUGCCAAGAAUAUGAAUUAACAGUUCUGAGAGAUUCCCAAAGCAAAAGCUAUCAGGCCCUAUAAACCCUCCAGUUCACUACCCCCAAAAAUCAAUCAAACCAAAAAACAGCUUUGCAUUGUCCCUUCAUACAGGUGAACAGAAAUUUUUAGUAUUAUACCAAUUCUCGGUUACACAUGGCCUUUCUCAUAGUCCUUGUUUUUUUCUGCUAGAAUCUCUUAGAACCUGUCGCUGAGAUAAACUUUUAUGACCAGCCCUGCCACAAAUUCACAUUUUCUAGUGGGAAUCCCUACCUUUUUAUUCAAAGAAAUGAUAUAAAAAUAGUUAAGGGACCUGAACACUGCUCGAUCUUCUAACACUGCCUGCCAACAAACACCUUUAAUAUCUGUAUUGCCUACUGUAGGUCUCUGUCUCAGACAUUGUGUUGACAAGUAUUACUAGUGACAAAGGAAGAUGCCGCACAGAACUGAUUAGUAGUUUGGUGUGAAUUUUCUUUUUCUAAUUAUUGUCUAUAUUUAUUAACUCCUGCUUUCAGACAUAUGUUCAGAUAUAUAUUCUUCUGAUUUUUUUUUUCCUUUUCCUUUUAGUGGAAAUAAGUUCUGCUGUUCUGCUUAAUAAGUUCUACUUAAUAUCAGUUUAGAAGUGAUGAAUCACUUAAGGGUUGGAAAUACUAUAAUUAUUCAGAACUGUGUUAUCACUUGUAUUUUCUUUGCAUCAGAGGUAGAGCAGAACUGACCAAACAUUCAUUGUUUUCUUGUCAGAAACUAUAAAAUAGACCUGUUGUUACAUUUCUACAUAGUGGAACAGACUGUAUUGUCACUAUUGAGACAUAAUUUCUGUUUGGUACUCUAGUUUCUUUAAGUGCCUCAGACCUUUUUUUUUUUAGUUUUUCUCCCAUAGGUUGAAUUCAUACUUACUCAUGUGGAACUCAAAAAACCUCUAUCUGAAGUCUCUUAAUCUCAUUUUUUUCAAGUGCAUUUGAAAGUUGUUUAUUCACAGAAAUUUAUGACCAAAUAUCAACUCCGUAAAAUGGAUUUAUUUAGGAAAAUUAAUUUCUGAAGUGUGCAAAAGUUGUGCGACUCUGUUUUCAAGCUAUUGCCAGUCAUCUCUAAAACAAGUUCAAAUGAAACAUUAAAUUGAAUUUAAAUGGGAGAAUUUAAUCCAAGUCUGAUGUAAAAAACAAUGCAAAGGUAGAAUCACCAGUUUUGUCACAGAAGGAACUGUUCUUCAUUGCAGUUUCUUUCCUUUAGACCUUCAUUUCUUUCCUUUUUUCCCCAUGAAAAUCAUUUUUUUCUCAUUUAUUGUGACAACUCAGGAAAGAGCUCAGUGCUACUCAGCAUUGCUGAAAAAAUCAAAUUAAUGCAUCUUCAUCUUUACUAAUGGUAACAUUACAGAAUUUUUGGUUUAGUAUCUGACUUGAUGAGAGUUGAUUUUCAUCAAAGAAAGCAAAAGAUGUCUGUAAUUAUUGCACUUUUAAGUAAAUUGAAUUUUCCAUCCAAAUGCAUGCAAAUAUCUACUCAUUAGUCAGUGAUGUUUCGUACAUCUAGAGUACAUCUAGAGUCAGUUUAGAAACAAGCUUAAUGCCGUUCUUGUCUGAUUGUUGUAUGUCAGUAGUUCUGGUUAUACAGUGAUGCCCACUCAUAGAGACACUCAAGGAAUUGGUGUUUCAGUGUGAUUUCACAAGAGACAGACAUGUAUACAUUGCAUUUCUCUCUGAAAAUAUUAAUUGGCUUCUAUGACAGGUGUUACUAUCUGGUCAAAUGGACAAGUGGUAAUUUUUUUGCUAUGGCUGAAGUAAUCACCAAAUAAUCAGAGCCAGUAGGAGUUAAUGUAUUUGAGAGUAAAUGUUUAGGCUUGUAUGUCAUGAUACCAGUUGCUAAAGAAUAAACUAUGCUUCAGAAAUAAUAAUUUGUAGAUCCCAGAGGAUGCUUGAGGCCUGGUUCUUGUCCUCAUUUCUCAAUUAAUGGUGUAUUUAGGUUAGAAUCCUUAAUUUUCUCUGAACUGGUGGUUGGCACUGGUACUAGUUAACAGCUCCAUAAAGCUUUUGUUCAGGAUACAGAAAUAAAAGUCCUCAGUCAAGUUUUAGGAGUAUCUAAAUAUUUUUAUCUAUAUACAUAUGUUGAAUUGAGCUCUUAGCUAAUAAUGUAGUUUGACUUUAUAACAGAUUCUAAAGCUCCAGAACUAAAAAACUGUGCAGGCAGGUGUGAAAUGCUGCCACUGUGGUACAGCAGGAUGCUGACUCUAAUUUCAGGUUGCCUAAAAAGUGCAAAUGUAUAAAACAGGGAUCAGUGAGAAGAUCUCAAGCAAGUGAAAUGCUCGUCUCAAAGACAGGGGUGCAGUCUAAAAGACACAGCUAUAUUCCUCUUAACUACCUUGCAUGCUAUGGCUUGCUGUAUUUACAGGCUCUGAAUGAGCCUUCAUAUGGCUUUUGUUAACUGCUGAAAAAAACCACCGCUGACUUUUCUUCGGCCCUUCACAAGCUUUCAUUUCAAAGCUUUGGCUGAGAAAAUGCUAAGUCCCACUCAUAUUGCAUGAUAGAGUCUGGGUCUUGUGUUUAAUUCUGAAAAUGCUUAUGAGAAAAGUUCUUUUGAAGUCACCCCUUUUUUACAUAAAGCAAGCCCAAAUUAAAAACUGUAGUGUAAUACGAGAAAGCUGCAGGUAUCUGUCAAUUAGCAGUAGACGGGCUGCCAGUACAACUACAUACCAGUUUUGUAACACUGCAUGUGUUUAUGUAGCACAGAUUAUAUAAAUGGUGGACAGAAGAACCAUCUCUGCACACCCUUGGCACUAGACAUUUUCACCCAACCAGACAUCAGAGAAUUACUUUUUUUCAGACUACUUUGGCUAAAAAUCUGGUGACAGGUGUAAACAUGCCUCUGCAGUGCUUCCUGCCACUUCAAGCCCUGGGCUGUCCCAGAGGAUUGCUGCACUGUUGGUGCAAUGGAAGGACUUUUCUUUGUUAGAACUUUUACUCAUCUAUUUUAUAUUUAUCAUCUUGACACGUGUAAUGCAAGUGAAUAGUAUUUUAUCUCAGCUUCUUCCUGUAGAGGAGGCAGGGAACUUAAACACCUACUAAGAAUCACUGAUUUCCUUUGAGUCAUUUUUGGUCAGCAUCACCUAUCUGUGUCUCUGCUCUCCUGAGCUAUAGUCACUAGGUGAUUUAUCAUUACUACCUAGAAUCUAAUAAAUGUGUUUAACAAUAGAUGUUAAGAAUAUUUUUAUCCUUACAGAAAAAAAAUAGUUUGUGCUUUUGAAGCAUGGUCAGUCCCAAGAAUUGGGUAUUAGAAUGUUCUGUAGCUGUCUAUUGGGUUUUUUUGUUGUUUUCAGGUGUUAAAAAAUAGUGAAAUUCUUCACAGUAAUUUCUCAUGGAGUUUUUUUGUGCUGAGAAACAGCUUUUGAAACAAUCACAGCAUGUUAAUUGUUGCAGAACAACAGCAACUUUCUUCUGCUUUCUACAGGCCAGGAUCCCAUUGGAGUCAUUCUGUAAGUUAGCGUAUGACAUUAUUAAUAACAAAGACAUUGUUGUUGCAUGGCUUGGAUCUGUUUCAGGAAUUAUAUCACAUUCAUUUUGAGAGGUAAAUACUUUGAAUAUUUUUAUGCAAUAAUACAAGUUCAUGAGACUUAGAUGGUUAGAUUAGAAACAUGACUUACAGCAAGACCUGGAGUUGCAAGUAGCUAUUUUGGAGGAAAGACGUAUGGACAUAUAUGUGUGCAUCUGGGCAUAUAUAGGUAAGAAAAUGUGUUACCUAAGCGGUAGUGGCUGUUUGCAAAGAUGUGUUUCUACAUGGCCUUUUUUUUAUUUAGGGAGCUUUGUUAAGGAGUCUAUCACUCACCUGAAUGUGAACACUAAAAGAAAUGAAAAAGAAGAUAACAUAGGGAGCAAGGCUUUAGAAGCUUUUAUGGAAAGAGCAACACAAAGAUACGGUUCUUGUGCUCUAAGGUAGUGUUGUCUCCAGUCCUCACAGAUCUUAGUUCUUCCUACGUGGUUCCCCCAAUCUCCUUGUUACUUAUUUUCUUUUCCUCUCUACUCACCAUCUUAUGGCUCUGCUGUAAUGUUUCCUGGAACUUUUCUCCAAAUUGUGAUAUGUUUUGAUUUUUUUUUUAACUCUGUCCUAUGCUGAAUAAAACAUCCUUGUCCCUGUUCAUUCUCGUCAGAGUUCAGUGGCAAGCCGUCUAGUGCUGGUGAGAAAAACUUCUUUUUGACUGUCUAUGGCAAUGGGAAAUCCUAGCCUUUUUGGAGCUUGUACUUCCAUAAUCUGUUCACACUGUUUGUUACAAGAGAAAAAAUAAAAAGAGGUUUUCUAUUGGCCUAAAGUAGUAGGUGGGCUUUGUACAGGUUUAUCUAAGUUAAGCUUAAAGAUAAAUUUAAGUAUAUCCCUCUCACCAUGAUGCAGCAGAUAUGUGCUGUUUGUUACUUGUACAUUGCUCGUUGUGUUUGUACAUAAGCAUUGUUUUCUAAAUAAACUGCAUCAUCAAAAGUGAACCUUGAAAGAAUCCGUAACUUUUUAUGGUUCCUGUCUGAAGGUAUUUCAGCUGUCUGGAGAUUCAAACACACUAAGCACAUGGACUUGUUUUGAGAAGCGUAGGAUUACUUCACAAUUCAGAGCCCAUGUCCAUUCACCUUGUCCAGUGUCUUGCAAAAUUUUCUUUCCUUUCUGCUUUGUUCAGUUACAUUAUUCUGAUCGGUUCUGUUUCUGAACUGAGCAUACAUGUUGUUCCUUCAAAGAUCAUAAACUAAAUAUUAGGAGCCAGACUAAAUAGAGGUCAACUUUUAAUGGACCUUUUCACUCACUUCUGUCAGUGCUCCCCUUUCUUGACAGACUAGUUGAAAUCUGUAUGGUUACACUUCUUGUUUCUGUAGCAAUUGUCAUUGUAUCUUGAAAGUUUUAUGCAUUAAAUCCCUUCAUUCUAACAUUUCCUAAACACAGAGUGGUUCUAAAUGACCUCAGACCUUACUGUGAAAAGGUAUGAGUUUCAGCUCAAGUUUUCAGACUUUAUCACAGCCUUUGAAUGUUCCAUAAGUGCAUGUCUAUGUAACAAAAUGAGCCUGCCAGAGCCCGGUCGCAUUUUCAGGAAUACUGUGUCAAGUGAGACCCGUAACUGGGAUGAAUCCACAGCCACACUUACUCAGGCUCAUACUGAUGCCUCUUCAAGAAAAACUUUUCAGGAGGGCAACUUCUGAUAUGUGAACAGUUUUCUGGUCUGAACUCUUUGAAGGAACACAAUAUUGCCUGCACUGGACUCCUUUCACCUCUCUUUUUAUUAUGACAGCUGUCAUCAAAAUUGUGUUGUCAGACACCCCAUUCCUGGCCGUUAGCAGGAGCUGUGCUAUUGCAUUGUACCCUGCUCAUCAUGUGAGAAUGAACCCCACAUGGCACAUUCUGAUGGUCUUGGUAGCAUUUUAUACCACAACGGAUGCGCAUUGCCAACCAUUUGGGCUAAUGAGGUUUCAGGUAAAGUGGUUGCAGAUUGUGCUGCAGUGAUGCUUUGGGAAUUGUCUGAUUUUGUAUGUUAUCCAUUGAACAACCCAGCAAACCUUGUUAGUACUGAUUUCUCAAGCGAACGUGCACAUCAUCAAAUGAUCAUUUUGUAACAUGGAAUUUCCUAUGAACAUCUAGGAAAAGAAACAUCACUAUUAUAUCCUUAGUAACAAUGUGUGUGUUCAUAAUUGAAGUUAUAGAAUCAUUAGACUGCUAUAAGCUAUUCUGUGUGUGCUCUAGCAGUGUAGUAACUGUGUUAACAGCCAAUAAGCAGCGAGUUCUGGAGAGCAGGGAAGGCUGGCUCUGGAUUUGAUUUUUUUAAGUUUUCAAGAAUAGCAAAACUCACCAGAGUGGAUGCAGGACCAGACAAUGCUCAAAACAAAUCAGAAAGUGAAACUAUUGCGCUUUAUGUCUUUGAGGAUUUUUCUUUAUUAACUUCAUGGGAAAAUAUAGAGAAUAUUUUAAAUAGUGACGAUUAGAAAUGCACCUUUUCAUGAAUGAGAGGGGU